UCAGGAGGAAAUGCAAUAGCUCAACUGGAAACAAAGUAACGUUAGGUUACAGCAAAGCAAUUGAAUUCAUUUUACUACCAAAUCCACCUUGCAGUAAAGCUAAAUUAUAACCAGAUUACAUAUGGUAAUUGCUUGUUUCCGACAAUUACUUAUCUCAUAGUGGUGGGAAUCUGUCACGUUAACCCUGAAAAAAACUAGCGCAGCAAAAUAGCUAGCUAAUGUUGACAUUACAAGCGACUCUUCAGUUUGUUAAACACUAGGUUUGGUGUGAUGGAAGUAACCAAACGGUAAAUAUGGACCAACAAAUACAUAUCUACAACAUGUUUAAGUUUACCUCCACUGAGUUAAACCGAGUUUAAGAAACUGGCACGUCCAGUUUAAAGAAACCGACGUUAGCUUUGCCCGACAAAUGCCUCUCCGCUACAGUCUUUGAAGUGCCAGCCGCAAGUUGCCUUCUCUUCAGUUUGCUGAAAAUAAAAUACUGCCCUUAGUUAGCACACACUGUUGGUAUAAUGGCCGAGACCAUAGUAACGUUUCAGUCCCAACUCUCUGGUGUAAUGGAAACGGUCUUCAAAGCUGCAAUGUACGAGAUCACCCGGCUGGUGGAGGACAGCUUUUUGGAAGAGGUGACACGGUGCAGGGACCAGGUCGAGUCGCUGAAGAGGCGACUGAAGUGGUCGGAGAGUCGACGUAAAGAAAAAGACGGUGACAGGAGGGGGAGAUGUAUUGACUGCGGAAGAGUCGUUGGGUCCGGUGAGGAAGGACCCAGAGUGACAGAGAAAAGUCUUAAACAAGAGUGUGUGCUACAAGAAGAGAUAAAUAGCUCCCUGUGCACUGAUGGAGAGACACCUAGGCAUGAAGCAGAGGAGACCCACAGUGCCAUGAAGGCACCACAGUCUCCAGGUGUUCAGGGUGAAAAGCUGGAUAGACUGCUCAAGGAGGAAGCUUUUCGGAUCACGGAAACUAAUGAGUCCCAAGAGAGAUGGGGAGUCAAUGUAGAGGAAACGGAGGCAUCAGGUGUGCCGGGGCCCAGUAAACGUUACGGUGACCAGAAGAUCCCAAAGUGUCACGUGAACUGGGAAGCUGGCUUUGACCAGAGGCCACAAUCAGGCCAUGGUGGUCACUCAGGUGACCCAUCUGAACCCCCUUUCCAGAGCAGGUAUGGUAUGGAAGACUUGGGUGGCUUUGACAAGACUGGCUAUGGAGACGGCAGUAUGAUAGACAUGGGUAACUUGGAUGGUUUACAAGGAUCACCAUCCCACCUGGGUGAGGAUCUGAGUUACAUGGGACACUAUGAGGGGGACGUGGAAGCACCGGAAGAAACCGAGCAUCAAACUUACCAAGCAGGCGUCGCACGGAAUAGAAGCGGUGCACUUGGUUCACCUGAAGGCUCUCCCUCAAGGACUAACAUCGACGUAAGUGGUGAGUUCAGCUGUUUAUUGAUCAAUGAAGAAGGGUAUCUACAGGACCAGAGUGUCUUGUACCCCGAACAAAUGUCUGGUGAAUUAAGCGGCAGGUUGAGCCUCCGGACCCAGGGCAUUCGCACUGACCCAUCUUUAGACAGCACAGGCGAUAUGUAUGGACCCUCACAUGCAUACAGUGAUACCUUAAACCUGGGAGAGCGGUUGCAGCAUCCGGCAGGAGGGAGAGGAGGGAGGAGACACACCUGUAACCAGUGCUCCAUAUCCUUCCCUGAUUCCGCCUCACUAAAGGUCCACAAGCAGACACACAAAGGCACGGGUCAAGUGCCACAAUACUCCUGCAACCAGUGCGGAAAGACUUUCACUCAAGCCUGUAACCUCAAAGUCCACCAGAGGAUUCACUCUGGGCAAGGGCUUCACCUCUGCAGCCACUGUGGUAAAAGUUUCCCGUCGUUCUCUGACCUGAAGUCCCACAAGUGUGGACAAACAGGUGACAAACCUUACUGCUGCACUGUAUGCGGGAACAAGUUCAGCCGUCUCUGGAAUCUGAAGUUGCACCGGAGAAUUCACACACAGGAAAAACCUCACCAGUGCACAAUGUGUGAUAAGAGCUUCACACGGGCAGACAUACUGAAGGUUCACCAGCGGACCCACACAGGGGAACGCCCAUACUGCUGCGCUGUCUGUGGCCUCAGCUUCAAACGCCUGGAUCAUCUGAAAUCGCAUCAACGCAAACACAUGACAGAUCUAUAAAACUAGGGACAUUUUGGGAGAGCGAAUAAGAGAAUUUAAGCUUGUUUGAUGUACUAAGAGAUUUAAAAAUGAAUGCUUUUAUAUAAGAACCAUGGCUGUUUUUUUUAAAAAAAACACAAAGCCCUGUUUUUAUUUCUUCUUUUCAAUUCCAAGUCCUUGGGUUUUAAUUAAAAUGUUUUUGUUGGUAUGAAAAAGAAAACAUACCCAUUUUUGUGUUUGAUAAAAUACAUCUUGUUUGUUGCCCAUUUGUUGCUGCAUAUUUUAUUACUGAAAAAUUGACUUAUAAAAGAGGCUGAGUGACAUUAUCCUUGUACUUACAUUACCGAUUCAAAAUAAAACUACAAAUGAUGUCUGUA